AUCGCAGACCUGAGCCCAUCGCAGGAGAAGUCGCUGGCCCAGUUCCGGGAGAACAUCCAAGACGUGCUAUCUGCCUUGCCCAAUCCUGAUGACUACUUCCUCCUGCGCUGGCUCCGAGCUUGGAGCUUUGACCUGCAGAAAUCAGAGGACAUGCUGCGGAAGCAUAUGGAGUUCCGGAAGCAACAAGACCUGGCCAGCAUCCUUGCCUGGCAGCCCCCAGAGGUGGUCAGGCUGUACAACGCCAACGGCAUAUGCGGCCAUGACGGUGAGGGCAGCCCUGUCUGGUACCACAUCAUGGGAAGCCUGGACCCCAAGGGCCUCUUGCUCUUGGCCUCCAAACAGGAGUUGCUCAGAGACAGCUUCCGGAGCUGUGAGCUGCUCCUGCGGGAGUGUAAGCUGCAGAGUCAGAAGCUGGGGAAGAAGGUGGAGAAAAUCAUAGCUGUUUUUGAUCUUGAGGGGCUGGGCCUGAGGCAUCUGUGGAAGCCAGGAAUAGAGUCCCUCUCUUGCUCCCAUGCAGAUAACUGGAAGCAGGAGCUGACAAAAUUCAUCAGCCCCGACCAGCUGCCCGUGGAGUUUGGAAGGACCAUGACUGAACCCGAUGGCAACCCCAAGUGCCUGACCAAGAUACAGGGUAUCAACUACGGGGGUGAGGUGCCCAGGAGCUACUACUUGUGCAAUCAGGUGAGGCUGCAGUAUGAGCACACGGUGUCCGUGGGCCGCGGCUCCUCCCUGCAGGUGGAGAACGAGAUCCUGUUCCCAGGCUGUGUGCUCAGGUGGCAGUUCGCAUCGGAUGGCGGGGACAUUGGCUUUGGGGUUUUCCUGAAGACCAAGAUAGGGGAGCGGCAGAAGGCUAGGGAGAUGACGGAGGUGCUGCCCAGCCAGCGCUACAACGCCCACCGGGUGCCCGAGGACGGGAGCAUCACCUGCCUCAAGGCCGGCAGCUAUGUCCUGAGGUUUGACAACACCUACAGCCUGGUUCAUUGUAAACGCAUCAGCUACACUGUGGAGGUACUGCUCCCAGACCAAACCUUCAUGGAGAAGAUGGAGAAAUUCUAG